AGCCGCACCCGCCACGUCCGCUCGCUGGCUUUCGGUUUCCGUGUGUCUCCAUCUUGUCUACGCAGAUCCGCAGAUCCGACGCCCGCAGAGUGAAGUCGCGGCGACCUGAGCCACCCCAGCCGCCACUUAAGGCAGACGGAGACCCAGUAAGAAAGGGACAUAGGCGAAGGGAUCCGGCAGGAUUAAAAGUGUCCUCUCACCGCAGCGUGCCUCUCCUGCGAGAGUUGGGAAAGAAAUGAAGAAAGGCCUCCAAAAUGAAGUUGCUGACUCGCGGUGCGCGGAGCCCUGCUAAGUGGAUAGACGCUGGAUGAGACCCUGAUUGCUGACUUCUGGAACAUGGCCCUGUGCCCCGUGUCUGCUGAGGUCAUCCACCAGCUGGAGGAGUCCCUGGACGACGAGGAGAAGGAAACGAUGCUUUUCUUAUGUAGAGAUGUGGCUGAGAACCUGGCUCCACCUAACGUCAGGGAGCUCCUGGGCACCUUAAGUGAGAGAGGCCAGCUCUCCUUGGCUACCUUGGCUGAACUGCUCUACAGAGUGAGGCGCUUCGACCUGCUUAAGAAGAUAUUGAAGACGGACAAAGCGGCCGUGGAGGCCCACCUCCGCAGAAACCCUCACCUUGUUUCUGAUUAUAGGGUGCUGAUGAUGGAGAUUGGCGAGAAUCUGGAUAAAUCCGAUGUGUCCUCGUUAAUUUUCCUUAUGAGAGAUUACACAGGCCGAGGCAAGGGAGCCAAGGACAAGAGUUUCUUGGACCUGGUGAUUGAACUGGAGAAACUGAAUCUUGUUGCUGAAGAUCAAUUGAACUUACUAGAAAAAAGCCUGAAGAGCAUCCACAGGAUAGAUCUGAAGACCAAAAUCCAGAAGUACACGCAGUCAGGCCAAAGAGCAGGAUCAAAUUAUGUGAAUUCUCUCCAGGCCUCUCUUCCAAACUUGAGCAUCAAGGAGCCUUCAUAUAACUCAAGGCUCCAGAAUGGGCGAAGCAAGGAACAAAGAUUUGCGGAACACCUUUGCGUUCAAAGAAAACCGGUGAAGACAUCUAUUCAGGAAUCGGGAGCUUUUUUGUCUCCGCAUAUACACGAAGAGAGUUACAGGAUGCAGAGCAAGCCCCUGGGUAUCUGCUUGAUCAUCGACUGCAUCGGCAAUGACAUAGAAUAUCUUCACAGGACCUUCACGUCCCUGGGCUAUCACGUCCAUCCUUUCUUGUUUCCCAGCGCGGAAGAGAUAAUUAAGAUUCUUCACCGGUUUGCCGGUUUGCCCCAACACAGAGACUAUGACAGCUUCGCGUGCGUUCUAGUCAGCCGGGGAGGCUCCCAAAGGAUGAUGGGUGUGGAUCAGGCUUCCACGGGGUUCUCCUUGGAUUACGUCAAGAGCAUAUUCAUGGGGGACGCGUGCUCUCCUCUAAGAGGGAAGCCAAAGCUCUUCUUUAUUCAGAGCUACGAGGUGUUAAGUAGCCAGUUGGAAGACAGCAGCCUAGAGGUAGAUGGACCGGCAGUAAGAAGCUUGGACUCUAAGACCCUGCGUCCUGGCCCCUGCAUGGUCCAUCGCGAAGCUGACAUCUUCUGGAGCCUGUGCACGGCGGACGUCUCCCAGGUAGAGCAGCCCACCAGUUCAUCCUCUGUGUACCUGCAGAACCUCUCCCGGCAGCUGGAACAAGAAAGGAAGCGUCCACUCGUGGACCUCCACGUCGAGCUCAUGGACAAAGUUUAUGCCUGGAACAGCAGAGUUUCUUCUAAGGAGAAAUAUUAUCUGAGCCUGCAGCACACCCUGCGAAAGAAGCUCGUCUUAUCUACUUGAAAACCAGAAGCCCUCCAGGUUCUUGGAGCAUAGGCCAGGGUGGCUUGGAGCUGGCAACCUCCUGAUCACUUGGGUGCAGGCCUUGAAGGUCAUACUAGCUCUGGUUUUGGAGCAAGCCCUGCUUUCUGAUUCUCUUGUGAACAGGCAUCAGCUGUAGCCUGGCUGCCAUGGACCACAUCACUCCAGCCGCCAUGCGUCCCCACUGGGAUGGCAAAGUGAGCCUCUCCUCCUUAAGUUCCUGGGCCAGAUGUUUUAGUACAGUGUGGAGAAUGGUAAGAUAUAAUCCCAUUGCUUCUUGGGUUUAUCUACCAAGAUGUACUACGUUAUUCUAGGAGUUAUAGUCUGUGGUUCAAGAUUUGAACUAUGACACCUGAAUGUACCUUAAGGAGGAGACUUGCCUGGGUCCAUCACCUAUUUGGGAAAAUUGGUUCUGUAUCAAGGGUUAUUAAAUUAUUAGCUUAUUAAGUUAUUAGAAGUGUCCAUUGCCUCACGAACUUCUGGCAUUAUUGCUCUUGAAUUUGAAUAUUGGAUUUGAAUUUUUGUGAGCUAGCUUCACAUAUAUGUAAUUUGGUUUUUUUUUUUUUUUUUUUUUUGAGACAGGGUUUCUCUGUACCUUUGGACCCUAUCCUGGAACUAGCUCUUGUAGACCAGGAUGGCCUCGAACUCACAGAGAUCCGCUGGCCUUUGCCUCCCAUAAGGCAUGAGCCACCACUGCCGGGCUUUUUUUCAAACACAAAUUUUAUUAUGUAUGUUUAAAAUUUACAAUAUCAUGUUUUGGAGCACAUAGAGACUGAAAAAGCUCAACCACAGUAAAACAAAUCAGCUAACCUAUAAUUUCAUAUAGUUUUCUGUGACAGGAGAGGACUAUGUCUAUUUAUUUAUUAAAUACUAUUGAAACAAGUUUGGAUUUGUAGCAAAAGUCCUGUCGUACCAGUAAUAGGGUGGGUGAGGCCAGAGGAAAACAAGGGCCAGUCUCGGGCUUAGUAUGUAGUAGCCAUGUGAUGAGAUUGUGUGCAUGUGUGUGUGUGUGUGGGGGGGUAACCACCUCCCCCACCCCCAGCUUCUUCCAAAAUCUCAGACAGGGUGUAGGAAAAUGUAGGUCACUGUGCUCACAGAGAAGCACUGGGGAAACCAGGAGUGAUUAAACAUGCAGGGUUGCCUUUCCGUCAGUCAAAUGUUGACUGAAGUUUCUGUCCCACCUGGUCCUGCAGUUGUUCAGUCCCAGAGAAAUACACAGAGGCCUACAUUAAUUAUAAACUGAUUGGCCCAGUAUCUCAAACUCUUCUUAUUAACUAGCUCUUAUAACUUAUAGUAGCCCAUAAUUUGUGUCUGUGUUUGCCACGUGGCUUGGUACCUUUUUAGGUGAGGCAGUCAUAUCUUGCUUGGUCACCUUGCCUGUACUUCCUGCCUGGCUACUGGCCAAUCAGCAUUUAUUAAAAUACGAUUGACAGGGGGUACAGACCAUGGUCCCACAGCAGUCAAAGUUAGAGGAUAUGCAACCCCUUUUCCUCCCAGAAGACUGGGAAAGUGGAGGCUAAUAGCCUGGUGACCCCUGUACUGUCUGUAUGGCCAGGCCACACUGCCUCCCAAAGACCCAGAUGUUUAUCUCAGUCAGUCUAGAACUCUCUCCUCCCCAGAUCCAGAUGUUUAUCUCAGUCAAUCUAGAGCUCUCUCCUCCCCAGACCCAGAUGUUUAUCUCAGUCAAUCUAGAACUCUCUCCUCCCCAGACCCAGAUGUUUAUCUCAGUCAAUCUAGAGCUCUCUCCUCCCCAGAUCCAGAUGUUUAUCUCAGUCAAUCUAGAGCUCUCUCCUCCCCAGACCCAGAUGUUUAUCUCAGUCAAUCUAGAACUCUCUCCUCCCCAGAUCCAGAUGUUUAUCUCAGUCAAUCUAGAGCUCUGCCCUCCCCAGAUCCAGAUGUUUAUCUCAGUCAAUCUAGAGCUCUCUCCUCCCCAGACCCAGAUGUUUAUCUCAGUCAAUCUAGAACUCUCUCCUCCCCAGAUCCAGAUGUUUAUCUCAGUCAAUCUAGAGCUCUGCCCUCCCCAGAUUCUUACCAGGAGCGUUGUUUACCUUGAGUCUGCUUCCUCAGUUAACCGAGAGAACCUGUCUUUAUGGAAGACGCUACUUGUACCUUACAAGAAUUUUGAUGUAGUCAUGUCUUACGUUUUUGUUGUACACACGGGACUGAGUUAAUUAUUACCAGGAAACCUUUCUCCAAAUUGUGCUGUGCUUAGAAAGGCCUAAAACAAAAUACUUGGUGUUGAACUCUUGAAGUUUGAGCCAACACUGACUACCAAGCCUUAUUGAACUGGCCUUCCUUCCGGCCUCAUGUGGACUGACACUCUGUUGAUCAUGGUGUUUGCAGAGACUCCCCACAAAGAGGAAGUGGACACAAAGCCCCACCCCAUUCAAGAAACUAUGUGCAAUAGAUACCUGAGCAGAAAAUCAAUUUCUCCAAUGGACUGUCUAUCGACCACACUCCAGGGCAGUCCCCAUGCCCAGGAAUAGCUGGACAACACAAAAUAGAUUCCAUUUUGUGUAUGUGACCAUUUUUUAAAAAUCUUUUUACUGUUUUUUCCCCCUUUCUUUUCUUUUCUUUCUUCUUCUUUUUUCUUGAGAGAGAAAGAGAGAACAUGAAGUUGCCUUGCGUAGGGAGGUGGGAGGACCCGGGAAGAUUAGGGAAGGAGAAAUAAGGCUUCUUAUUGCAGGGAUGAAGUGUAAGGUUCUUUACAACCGUUUUUGAACUAUGCUCUUUUAACACAGAUUGUGUCACUUGGCCACGCUGUGAAGGGGCUGUUUCGGAAGGACCGAAUCAAGCUUUGAAAUGUUGGUGGGGUUUGGCAGGUUGAGAUAGAGAAGAAGAAAUAAACCAAGAGAAGGAAUGGAUGAGAAAGAUGCCCAGUACGGUUAGAAACCUUGGGUAUAAAUUUUAGCUGGCUCACAUGUAAGUAGCAAUGAGUGGUGAGCUAGGAGGUGGAUGUGGUCCAGAUGUGGAAAACCUUGAAGGCCAAGUGUCAUGGAAAAUACAAUAAUGGUAUUUUUGAUCCCUUCUAUGUCACUUUUGCACACAACAUUAGGUUUCUUUUUUUCUCACUGAGUAUGGUUCCCACGGAAAUAUUUUAGACAUACUAAAAGAUAAUGAUAUAGAAGUCAAUGAAUAAGCUUAAAUCAAAUGUCCUAAACAUGAGUGUUCUUAUAUAAUAGCUUUUUAAGGCUCUGGUCCUAAGUGUAAAAGUGUAAGUAUGGUUCAGAGCCAUAGCUAGCCAAGCAUUCAGGCCAGUAUAGUGAUACUAGGCUGCCAGGAGAAAGGAACUUUAUGUAUUUUUAAAAAGAGAUCAAGAGUAUAUGUAUACAUAAAAACAUAUAUUAAUUUCCAGGCUUUUAAACACCUGGUCCCAGUUGGCUGUGCAGUUUAGAUGGUGUAACCUUGCUAGAGGGAGUGUGUCACGGGAGGCAGGCUUUGCGGGUUUCGGAGUCUUAAGCCACUCCCAGUUUGCUCUCUCUGCUUAGAUACAAGUGCUCAUCUUCCUGCUUUCCCUCCAAUGUCUUUGCUACACUGUCAAGAACUCCGACUUUCUGGAACCGUGAGCAUAAGCUUUUUCCUCUAUAAGUCGCCAUGGUCUUGGUGUUUUUAUCACAGCAAUUAAGAAGGAACAAAUACAGUAGGUAUUGUCUUCGCUAUUAUUUCUUCCCACUUUAUGGACCAAGAUGACAGAGCACAGUACUGUCAGCAGCUGCCUAGAAUCACCCCACACCAGGGUCGCUGUAAACAGAGUCACAGUGUGGCCCAUGAGACAUGGGCUUUCCACAGAGGGUUAUAACCUGAGCAGUGUUUAUACAGCAAAUGCUCAUUGCUAACAUUACAUGAACUAGGGGUAUAAAACAUGAAAUAGCUUGUCUAGUAUGUUCACAGUGACUGUUUUGGGGGUAAAACCAGAAACACUUCUCAUAGGUCAGAAAGAAACAUAUCCUGAAGUGGAAUAGGAACGGCAGGAUUGUGGCUGAGGAUGUCUCUUGUUUCUGUUUUCUAAAUUUUCAUCAAUACCUGUCUAUAGUGGUCUGAAAGAAAACAGCCCCCAAGGGGAGUGGCACUCUUAGGGGCUGUGCCCUUGAUGGAGGAAGCGAGGCAUUGUGGGGUGGGAUUUGAGGUCUCUUGUGUUCAAGAUUCCCUCAGCGCUGCUCAGUCCACUUCCUGUUGCCUCCUAACCAAGAUGAAGCCAGCACCAUGUCUGCCUGCACACCUCCCUGCUCCCCGCCAUGAUGAUAAUGGACUGAACCUCUGAACUGCAAGCCACCCCAACGAAAAGUUUUCCUUUGUAAGAGUUGCUGUGGUCACGAUGUUUCUUCACGGCAAUAGAGACCCUAAGACAGAAGUUGGUACCAGGGACUGGGAUGUCGCCGUGAUAGGCCUGAUCAUGUUUUUGUUUGGAGGAAUUUGGACUUUGGUACUUUGGGUUACGAAAGCAGCAGCGUGAUGCUUUAAGUACUGCUCGAUGCACCAUACCAGUAGGAGCGUGGAAGACAAUGGUGCUGAUAAUGACCUGAACUGUCUGGGGUUUGAGCAAGAUGUCUCAGAGGAGAAUUUUUAUUAUUGUUGUUAUUAUUAUUAUUAUUUUACACAUACCAAUCCCAGUUCCCCCUCCCUCCCCUCUUCCCGCUCUUCCCACUUUUCCCAUACCCCACCCUCUAUCUGCUCCUCAGCGAUGGUAAGGCCCCCCCUUGAGUAGUCAAUGAAUUCUGUCACAUUGUCACAUGGAGGCAGGACCAAGAAAUUGUUGCCUAGAAAUUGUUCUUGUGAUAUUUUGGUGAAGAAUGUAGUUGCUUUUUGCCCUUGUCAGAGGGGUGCACCCACCCACUGAGACAGUGGGGCUGAUCUAAUGGGAGCUCUCCAAGGCCAGCUGGACUGGGACUGAAAAAGCAUGGGAUAAAACCGGACUCUCUGAACAUGGCAGACAAUGAGGGCUGCUGAGAAGCCAAGGAUAAUGGCACUGGGUUUUGAUCCUACUGCAUGUACUGGCUUUGUGCGGGCCUAGCCUGUUUGGAUGCUCACCUUCCUAGACCUGGAUGGAGUGGGGAGGACCUUGGGCUUCCCACAGGGCAGGGAACCCUGACUGCUCUUUGGACUGGAGAGGGAGAGG